CUUAUCCACUGAUCCUUACUCUUUCUCUGGGGAAUUGCUAUGAGGUCACACAGAACCUCCUGAGGAAUGAAGUGUUUAAGGAUUUACCUGUGGAGUUCUCUCAGAAGAUUGUACAUGCUUUGCAAAUUAAGUCUCGCACACCGAGCAACUUCACAAGAGCGCUUGCUGAUGCACUCGCCGCAAUCGGAGAUAAUAUGGUAGUUAUUGGUACACCCAAGAGCCCGGUAGACUGUCAAAACUUAAAUGCUUAUAUGAUUAGCAAGGAGGAUUUGUAUGAUGUUCCGAAGAUAAUGGCUCUUCUGUGUCCUGAAGAAGCAAGUUAUGUAAAGCAAGAGACUCCGUUGCCUGAAAAAUCUGAUGGUAAUAAGUCUGGCAAUGUUAUUUCUGGAAACAUUCCUAAGGAUGCACAGGAUAAUGAGAUGGAGCGUAGUAGUGAGAUGGAUUUAGCUGAUGAGAUACUCUUUGAGAAGCUUGAGACUCUUCGAGCCGAAGGCCUGAAAAAUCCAAGGGAUAUUAUUGAACUCCUUGUAAGUGCCCUUCCAUGGCUGGAAAGUAACACUCCAGCAGGGAUUGAUAAACGAUUGCUGGACGAUGUCAGGCGCAUCUGCAGUGAGUUUGAAAAUGGUUCUGACAGGGUGAGGGGAAGAGCUUUUCUUGCUGUGGAGAAGCUGCGCCAAGGUGAGAACAAACUGCAGCUGAUCCUCAGGGUGCUGACUGAAGCAAGCCUAAGGAGGAUUGAAAGUGAAGCGACAAAAAAAAGCAUGAAUGACUGGAGCAGUGAUGCUGCUGUCCAGCCUCAGGCUGAUGCCGACGGAUGCUCAGAUGACGACGAACCUGACACGGGAGAAGCUGGGGCCUCGACCUCAAAAAAGGCGGCACAGAAGCAAAAGAGCAAGAAGAAAUCCAAGAAGUCCAAGGGCCGGGGCAAGAAGUGAGCUCCUGUAGCCCCCUAGGCGGUGCGGUUUUCCCUGUCGCGAAACAUUUACCGGCAUUGGGGAAGAACUUGUAUAUCCCACCACCUUAUUUAGAACCAAAGUACAGCAAGUGCUAUAUAAUCCCAUCACUGUAGAACCAAACGGAUAGCAGGUGCUGUGUUUUCCUUGGAUUGGAUGUAGUGGUGGCUUAUGUUGUUGCCUUGCCCUUGCUGCUGCUACUACUAGCUGAGCCUGUUUGCGCCCUUUUUGUUGCUGUGUUUAUGCCUCAUCUCUUCAUUGUCGACCCAGUUAAGCCAAAACUAGUUACUAGGAGUACAUUCGUUCUUAAAACAUACAGUACUUGACAAACGACCGCUAAGCUCAGAAGAACCAGACCAUGUGCAUGCCUCAUCUCCUGAUCCCAACGGUUUAGUCAAAAGGAAAUGUGUUGCUUCACAUCUGAUCAGGGAGGGAACUUGGGAUCGGAUGACUGGAAGAUUGCUAGCAUCUCUCAGCUUUGGUUGGUUGUGAGGACUUGCAUUUUUUC